CUGUGCUCCUAUUGCAUGUCUAUUCACUUUGGACGUAUGAAUUUUACUAUUAGGAAAAUUGGAAUUUUAAUAUUAGGAAAAGCAGAGCUACAGAGGCAUUCACCACCCUGGCCCCCUGAAAUUAAUGAAAUAUUUCCUGUCCUAAUUUCAAGAUGCAAAUUCCCCCCCCCAGUGGAAUCAUCCUGGAGCGUUGUUCGCUUGCAAAUUUGGAAGCUGUGCGUUUCAUCCCCCUCUUGGGGGGCAGGAAAGGUCUAUAAAAAGUGUGUCCGCAUGCAGCGUGGAGUUCGCUGGGCUCCUGCAGACAUGAGGGUCUCCUGCGCUCUUCAGCUCCUGCUCGUGGGCACCUGUCUGGGAUGUCUGCCGUCGGACAGCGAGGUGUUUAAGUGCAGGCUGCUGGCGGGCCUCCUGAGGCAGAUUGACGCGGGGGCCGGGCAGGUGUACGGCCUGGAGUUCGAUAACAGGAUCGUCAGGUACACCGGCGGGUGCUGGGCCCGCGUGGAGGGUCUGCUCAGGCACAUCACGGUUGGGACAGGGGGAGUCUGGGGCGUCGACACCAAUUACAGCAUCCAGACGCUGGUGAACGGCAGCUGGGUCCGCACGGACGGGAAUCUUAAGCAAAUCGACCUCGGGGGCGAAGGUUUUAUUGCCGGCGUCAGCUCCUGCAACAGCGCCUUCUGCCUGAGCACCGAUCCGGCCGCCCCCCAGCGCCAGACCGUCCCGCCUCCCUGGACGAAGAUCCCCGUGAAGCUGGACUACCUCUCCUGCGGGCCGUACUCCUGCUGGGGGGUGAGCGGGGACAGCCAGGUCUUCGUGCUGACGGGCGUCUCCCGCAGCUACUGCUCCAGCGGCGAGAACACCACCCAGACCGACAUCCACGCCUCCCAAGUGAGUGGGCACAUGGCCAGGAUCGAGGUGGGCGCCGACGGCAGCGUGUUCGGGCUGAGCACCAACGGCAUCGUCUACCAGAGGCACGGCGUCACCUCCCGGAACCCCGUUGGACACUACUGGCUGCGGCUGCUGAGCAGCGAGGUGUCCAGGAGCCUGUCCUACGACGACGGCGUGCUGUGGCUCAUCGGCCAGAGCGGCCGCAUCCGGCGCUGCGCGAGGGCCAGGCUCAGCGUCUGACCGCGACCUCUGACCCCAGGGUCGUCCGCACCUGCGGCAAGAGGAGCUAGUGUCUCCAUACGAGCACGAUAAAAAUGCGCCGCAACUAGGGAGGCUAUAGUGAAACUUUCAAGCGGUUCUACAGCUCUUAUUGGAUAUUAACCAGGUUUAUGUGUGCUAUACAACAGGACUGGGCAGCGGCUGUGUGAUCUUCUCACUUCUUUUUCAAACGGCGCUCAUGAUUUUUCUCAGAUGCAGUUUUAAGAUAAGGGGAAUAAGGACCUGUACUCUAAGUAAUUGUCCAGUUACACACCAGAUCAGAGAACUCCAAGUCACAAAUAAGACCGCUUUUUUAUCCAUUUCUUUUCGUCACCAGUCGCUGCCCGUCUAGUCACGCGGUUAGCAGUCAUGACAGGACUCGCCUGAAAUUGCUUUCCGCUGUUUGUCUCCUUCAACCUGAAUGUAUAAGAUACCAUUAUGCUGCUACUCUCUUUGGAUUCCAGAAAGACGAUGAAAAAGCAUGCCUUUACCAGCUUCCUUUAGUUUUAUGCUUAAUAAACAAUCUUGACAACAUAAAAAAGCGUGUUUCAUUAUGAAGUGACCGACACCUCAGAGUAGUUAUUCGCAGUAUUUAGGGCUUGCAGUCAGUUCCACUUAUACUCCUUACGUAAGGGUUUAGUAAAAUAAAUUAUUUUGAAACGUUAGCUAUUUUAGCUCUCUCUGU